UCAACCUCAGCGGUUGCAUUCCUAAUAAAUAAGUUUUACCAGUGAACCAACGCAUAAUUUAUCAUUAUAUGCGUAAAUUCCAUUCAGCAUGUAAUCGAGUUUUUUAGCUCACCAAAAAAUUCAAUUUUAAAAAGUGUAUUAUUUCCUAAAGACGCCUGUUGCUAGUCCAUUUCUUUGAAGUUUCGUCAAACACCUUUGAGUGUUUCCUUCAUACAGACUUUUGCAGUGUAAAUCAAAAUAAGGAAAAUGAAUUUCUGCUGUUGGAGACUCAUCUUUACGCUAGUAAUUUUAGAGGCAAUAUGCAGCUAUUUAGGGGCUGCAGCACAAGCCACCAAUGGAUCUGUGGAUUUGAACUUGGAUACGUCAGGCAUAAAUCCGAACGGGACAGUAAGUCCCACGUCCAAUGAAGUUUUGGCUGCCACAAUUUCCACUGGUAUUGUAUCCGCAACAAAAUCCCCCAAUGAAUCUGUGGAUACGUCAAGUUUACACCCAAACGGGACAGUAAGUCCCACGACCAAUGAAGUUUUAAAUACCACAAUUUCCCCUGCUUUUGAAUCCGGAAGCUCUGCUACUGAGGCGGCUGUAACAUUAGCCACCAAUAAGUUUCCAGCUGUUGAAGUAUCUCCUCAAAAGGCAGCCGAGCCCGCCGAUUGUUCGCAGCGUGAAAAAUAUAGGAUACAGCCCAUAGCCAAGGACUCGUCACGAUUGCGAAAAUGCUGUCCACAUGGAGAAAAUCUGGAUAUAUAUCGUGAGAACCAAAGCGAUUCAAUGUGCGACAGCGCCGUGGUAAACUUUGAACCGACGAUAAUAACUGCCGUGCUCUUUGAUAACUGCAUUGAGGAUCUGGAAAUUCCAACUGCUUUAUCCUAUGAGAUUGGUAAUCCCUGCAACAGCUCGCUUCAAUAUGACGAUCAAGAGGAUGCAUUCUUCGUGCUGCAGGAUGGGUCCUUGUUAAUCAUUGACAAGUUCGGCAACGAGUCCUAUACAGUCGAACAGAACUACUGCCUGGAUGUGGACAAGUCGGGGAAUUUGUUUGCCUUCACUUGCGUGACACAGGUGGAAGAGCAAAUUGCCUUCGCCAAGGUAAUUUUCGUGGCCGUUUUAAUGCUCAUCUCGAUGCCCUGUCUGUUGCUAGUCAGCUACUUGCACAUGACACUUCGUCUUCUGCGGAAUCUGCAUGGCCUUUCGCUGAGUCUGAUGUCCUUGUGCCUGGCAUCGGGUUACUUUGUGCACUCCGUGGUGCACAUCUAUGGAAUAUCGAACACUGGAUUCAUUGGCUAUGUCAUACAGUUCUUCAUUUUGGGCUACUUCUUUUGGUAUUUCUGCAUAUGCUUCAACGUUCUCCUGAAUGUGUGGUACAAGUUGCCCUGUUGCAUACAGCUGACCAAGUUCUGGGCAGCCUUCAACUUUGCUUGCUAUUGUAUUUUGGCUUUUACCGGGCCGGCUACCAUAGUGGCCAUGACGGUCCAAAAGGGACUGCCAGGAAUGCCCUCAUACUUCCUGCAGGGUCUCACGGAGUCUAUACGUGACUCACAGCGUUACUUCAUACCUCCAGUGUCCACCGUUUUGUUUUUAAGUUUCCUGAUCAAUAUCAUAUCAUUCUUUGGUUUCCAACGCAUUAACGGAUAUGUCAAGGCUGAAGGAACUGAUCUUUGCCGCAACAAUGAGAGGUUUGAUCAGCAGAAAUACGAAGACGUUAAAAAGGACGCCAAAUGCGUCAGUCUCCUGGGCAUAAUAAUGGUCAUAAGUUGGCUUCUCGAAAUAGUCACCUUCUACUCAGGCUCCAAAUCGAAUUACCUGCUGCUUUGCGACAUGGUGAAUGGCCUCCAAGGAGUUUGGGUAUUGCUUAUUUUCCUUGUUGUACGCCGGCGCCGCACCAUUAUCCUACGGUGGUGGUAUGACCGGGGUUCGCAUGAAAUUGGCGGCACCGAAUUGCAAUCGCUCAGUAAAAACAAUAAUCCUACAUAGUUCUAAGACCCCCAAGAAGGAUGUAGAUGAAUAAGGAAUUUUAAUGAUAAGAUCAAGAAACCUUAACGUAUUCCUAAUUGUAUAAACACAUCAAUAUUGCAUACAAAUCGUUUAUUUAUAAAUAAAUAUUAAAUGUUUGCUGUCUUA